GUGUCAGUGUUGGAUAGGGGGCGGUAAUGAGCAAACGAGGUCAUGGGCGACCCUUAAAACAUGGCGGCGACGGCAAGCUGAUGUGUCAAAAAUGCUUUAGCCCAUGAGUUUCAUAGAAAUGCAGCUUAUUUCUGUACAACACAACUGAAUAAUAGUGUUUUAAUUUAAAUCGGGAUCGGGCACAUUGUACCCAGCGGGCGUCUGACGGCGGUGAGUCUUUCAUUGUGUCAAACUGUGGUGGGAGCAGUUCUGUAAAAGAACAGGUAUUAAUGGCAGCAGCUGCCCUGAAGUCGGCCAAGCAGAAAGGCGAAAAAAUGGGUCUGCCAUGUGAAAAAAACACAGAUGACCAGAUAAACCAUGAGAGUAAAGGAGCGACUCAGGAUUCAGAGCCGCAAAAGAUGGAGUCAGAGAUGCAAAUGUCUGGACAGACACCUGCCUCCCAGGUUCCCCCAGCUGUGGACCAGGAAAGCCAAGUUAAUGCCGAGGGAACCCAAAAGAAACAAGGAUCUAAGACCCCUGCCAAAAGGAGGAGAAAGGAGACCAUUCCACAGACUCCACAACAACAUGACAAUUCAGCAGUCUCCGAUACUUCUGAACUCACUUCUAGUGGUCGGCCCAAGAGGAGAGCUGCUAAAGUUGCUUUAGAUUAUCUUCACAACCUGACCAAGGAUCUCGGUACUCCAUCUACAAAAGAUAGGCCCAAAUCUAGUGAAUUGGACAGCACUUCCCAGAAAAAGAAUGCAGCAAAGGGAAGGGGGACGAAAAGGAAAACUCCAGAUUAUAACAGCGACUUGGAAGAUGAUGAGGAUUUUUCCCCAGGAAAGGAUGAAGAGGCAGAGAGUGAAGAUGAAGAAGAUUCAGAGCCAGACUUUAGCUUGAAGGUGGAGCGCAGAAGCAGACCAUCCAGACGAAAUUAUCAUUGUCUGCUUCCAAAUGGCUUGGCUAACAAUGUCAUGGAGCCUAUCUGGAACUGUUUUAGUAGGACCAAAACUUUCCGGGAUGAAAACUUCUCCCCCUGGGUAUUUCCUGAGUGGAUUCCUUCUGCCAAAGAUUGGCAUUUCCUGUCUAACAGUGAGGCUGAAAAAUAUUUACCCCAAGAGAAAGAAUCUGCCUCUUUUACCUUUACGCGGGAAAAAAUCAAGGGAGAGAUCAAACUGCAAACAGUGAGAAGGUUUGAAUCAUUGCCACAUCAUUCUGAGCGCUGGGACGCUAUGUUCUUUGUUGGUGGUCCUGUGCGGUCCAUGGAGUGGUGCCCAUGUCCUGACGGGGCAGCAGUAAGACAGUAUGCCGCCAUUUACUGCCACAAAGGCAUGGACGACAAACACAAAAUCAACCAGCUGUACUCAGGUCCUGUCUUACUGCAGCUGUGGGACAUCGGAGACCUUCAGUGUAAAAGCAGGCCCUCAACUUCUCCUCAUCUAGCGUACGCUCUGGCAAUAGAUGACGGAUGCAUCUGGAAUAUAAGGUGGUGUCCUGCAGGAGUGUGGGAGCUGCCCACCACCAGCAGAAAGUCUCCACAAAUGCCUAGAUUAGGUCUUCUAGCAGCAGCUUUCUCUAAUGGAACCAUCAGUGUCUACAGUCUUCCACACCCAGAAGCCCUUGCAGCACACCAUCAAAGUAAAGGAGAAACCAGCCAAGCACCGCUGAUAUGCCGGGUGAAGAAGGUUCUUUCUUUGAAGAUGGGCUCCAACCAGGCAGAUCAUGAAGGUCGAAGUGGCCUGUGCUUUGCUAUGGAUUGGCUCCAUGUCAAACCACAUAACCUCUUGGCAGCUGGCUUCUAUGAUGGUCUGGUUGGUUUGUGGGAUCUUGCUAGUAAGUCUACGCUACUGAGAGUCAGGUCUCCAGAUGGAGUUGUGUCUCUCUACCCUUACCACUGUUUUCACGCCCAUGACGAGAACAUCCGAACCCUGAGCUGGUGUAAAGCCUCUAGUAACUUGUUGGUGACGGUCGGAGAUGAUCGCAUGGCUAAAAUGUGGGACGUGAGGAAAACCUACGUGCCUCUUUUGGCAGUAAAGCGCUGCCUUACCCCUGAAGUGUACUGGCCCCUCUUUUGGAGCGGCAUCCUUAUGGCUCAAGAGUGUUGCUUUGCCACGUUUGGGCAACAUGGAGUCCAUUAUUUUGAUUCAGGUUACAUUGGAAUCAAGCCUUACUUUGUGUGUCCUAGAAAAGCCACUAUUUGGAGCCUUUCUAUGUCUGAUUGGAUAAAUACUUUUGCCAUUGCGGACAAUGGAGGGGAUUGUUUAUUUACUAUGCUUCCUCGAAUGGAUAUUGACCCCAACAAUAUCAGACGACGGAGAUUUUCAGUGUACAGGACUGACAUGGUCCAGUUUGAACCCGGUCAGAGGCCUGAAGAUGAAGAACAGGAGGAGGAGGAGGAAAUGGAAAACGCUACAAAUAAUCCUGGGAAGGAGCCAUUGACCUACGAAGGAGCAGUCAAAAAGUACUAUCUCCAUUUUCACGACUUGGACCUGGGGACCUUUGCAAAGUGUGAAAAUCGGCCCAUGAUGAAGCACCUGCAUCAAAAUGAGGUCAAAGGUGUCGCUAAAGUAGACCAGAUGCCAUUGAGCGCACUCUACAAGGUCCGUUUUAACCCAAACAUGGAUGCAUACAACUGGAUGUUGUCGGGCGGUCAGUCAGGUUUGGUGCGUGUGCACUGUGUACGUGGACUGAGCUGCUCUGUCAUGUUCAAGCAGUUGCGUGAGGCUCAAGCCCAGUUCAGCGCCAUGUUCCAGUCUCAGGAGUCUGAUGACUCUGCCACAGCUGUUCGUCACAGCACAGCAGAUACAGUACAAGUGCACUAGUCUCAGCUCUAUCUUAAAAUGGAUUGUGACGUCAUAAUAGGCUGAGACUUUGGGACUUUUAUUUUUAAAUGACUGAUGAUUCGCCCACUUUUACUUAACUUAUAAUGAAAGAAGCAAAACCUAUUUUGAUACAAGCCACUGUAUAUAUUUCCAUUUUUAUAUUUUGUGCGUUUCAUUUUUAGCGCUGUACAAAGCUAUAAAAGCUGUACUUUUGAACUUCUUUGCACUGGUUUGAAGCUCAGACAGGAAGUUUGUAAUGUUUUUAGGUUAGUAUCAUUAUCUCAAAGUGUUGUCCUUUUCAAAGUACGUGUGGACAAUGAAAUCGUCAGCACUUAUACCCAUUUCGUUUACGAGGAGCUAUAUGCUCCGUUUCCUUCCUGUUCCAGUUCAGUGUUAUAUUGUGAUCAUACAUUAGAGUCUUGAUAUUCAGUGCGAAAACCUUGGACUGGAUCUUUGCUUUUUGCUUCUCUUAUCUAUCAUAUCACAAUCUGUUGUUUUUACUUUUAGGCAUUUCUUUUCCUGAAUCUCAAUUUUAAAGAAAUGGUUAACCCAAAAAUUUAACAGCAUAAUCAUGUCCUUCCAAACCUGUAUGACUUUAUUUCUUCCAUGAAACAGGAAAACAGAAAUUUUGAAGAAUGUAUCUGCAUAUUUUUCCAUUUAAUGAAAAUGUAAGGGCAUCCAAGUUCCAAAAUGACACAAAAGCACUGACGUCAAUGCAAGGUGACCAAUCAUUGACGAUUACUUGUCCAAUCACAGUGCAGCAUUGUAAAUGAGACUAGAGCUACAGUGUAAGACAAAAUUAAAUGUGAAUAACUUAAAUUUGGAUCUGCUUUUGUUCUUAUAGAAAAACUAUUGAAGUAUUUAAGUUGUAUGGACUUUUUUUUUUUUUUCUUCUGUAACUUUUUUUUGACCGCCCAGAUCCCCAUUCACUUUCAUUAUAUGGAAAAGAUUACAUUAGUGAACAUUUCUUCUUUUGUGUUCCACAGAAGAAAUAAAGUCAUCCAGGUUUGAAAUGUUCAUUUUUGGCAGAACUAUUGCUUUAAUGCUGCAUCUUGAUCUUUCUUGUCCUUUGUUAUUGUUGUUGUUAUUAUUUCCUCACCCCCAUUUAAAGUCUUUAUUACCUCUUUUCUGGCUUGUGCAUUCUUCUUACUCAGGUCUAGCCAGAGUUGUAAGGGGCAUCAUGGAGUCUGUUGAUAGUCUGCAUGUGAGUUAAUGUUGUCCCUAAACCAAUAGCACUCAUUCGUUAGUCAUUUAAGAUCAGAUGCACCUUGAUAUCCGCCUCAUAAUUCAUGACCUUAAUUACGUGUGAGUGAAUAUAAUUGACUCCAGUGAUGGGAAUCUGGAGAGGUGCCAGUCAGAUUAAUGCUGCUGUGGUCACUCUGAUGAGAUUAAAUAAGGAAGCUUAUUAUAACGGUGCUGUUUAUGUCUGUAGUGGAUUUCAAUUUAGUGUGUUGAUUUAAAUAUCUCAGUCUCACUGUGAGGCUCUGGAUAUGGUUAGUAGAUUUGGGAUGUUUUAUCUGUGAAUAUUCAUACUUUGUACAUUUAUAUUUCUUUUGUUCUGUUUACUGAAUUGUUUACAGCUACCAAAAAGUGUAAUUUUAUUGUUUCAUCAUCAUUUUAGAUAAAAUUGCUUUGCAUAUUUACAGUACCACUAAUUAUCAACUUGUGAUGUAAUUAUUAAUGUGGGAGAUAGCGCAAGUUUGUUUGAUUUACAUGAUUUUAUUACAGCUUACAAAAAUCAUACACGUUAUGUGACACAUAUAAAAUUAAAAGCAUGUAAAAAUUAAA